GAAAAUAUAGAAUUUAAAAAUCUAUAGAUUUUUCAAGUAAAAAAAUAUUCUCAAAUGUGAGAUAUCGCAGAUUUUCAUCGGUCUUGUAAAGUUAUUCAUAAUUUGCAUGAGAGAAGGUCUCAUUUUUUGAAGGAGACGCUUACUUAUAUGGUUACAUAGUAAGUUGCAGCAGGAAGAAGCAAGCUCUGCUCUCUCGAGGUUCUUCUAGCUUCCUGAUUAUUCAACGAGUCAUGUUACAUGGUGUACCUGAAGUAUAUCCAGUUCAAGGUGAACCACACUCUCCGCCACCAUAAAUAGCGAAAUCGGCGCGAUAUGGAGGGGAAUCGUGACGUAGGCGAAGGUGGGGUCUGUCAGUCGCUGUCGAAAGAACCGAUCUGUACUAUUGCGGGAAUAGGCAUGUUCCGUUUCGUGAUACAGUGGUCCCCCGGAGUGGUCGCGGACACGAUCGAGACCCUGAGGAUCGAAAGGGUCCCCGACGGCUGAAAACGCGUCGAAACGAAUUAACGGUCAGUCGAUCAGUGUCGCGGGCUAGGUCGUCGAUAAGCCUUUUCGUUCGCAUCAUGGAAUUGAUUUGGGUGUUCGUUCUAUUCAUCGGGUUCGUACAUCCGUCCCAGCCGUCGCACCUCCAAGUGGCUUACCAAUGGAAAUAUCUCGAUUGGGUUUGGCCAAAUAUACAUCUGACGGGGAAAAACUAUACCCUGGGCAAUGCCUUCACACAAGACGUGGAUAUCGACAGACAGGGCCGCGUGUUCGUGACGAGUCCACAGUGGUUGGCUGGUGUGCCAAUUAGUUUGUCCUUGGUGACUAAGGUGCCCGGUCCUGGUGGUCCUUUACUCGUACCGUAUCCUAAUUGGUCCUGGCAUAUAUCGUUCAGUUGCGAGAGCAUCGUAUCUGUCUACAGAUUGGCGAUCGAUGAGUGUAAUCGUUUAUGGGUGGUCGAUACCGGCAGAGUAUCGAUGAAAGCGGUCUGCCCCACGAAAAUAUUGAUCUUCGAUCUCGCUACGGAUCGGCUGAUCCAUAAAUAUGUGGUGCCGGAUGAUCAAGUACUGUACGGGAAGGCAGCAUUAGUUACGCCAAUCGUCGACGUCGGAAAAACGUGUCUCGAUACUUAUCUCUACGUGGCGGACGUGGAUCAAAAUGGACUGGUGAUUUAUGACUUAUAUCGCGACCAUUCCUGGCGAGUAAACAACACCCGUGGCAACGCGUUUGGCCCGGAUGAGGAUGCCAUGAAUAUUACGAUCGCCGGCGAGUGGUUCGAUUUGACUGACGGUACGCUCGGUAUGUCACUGUCGCCGUUUGGAUACUUUAAUCACAGAUAUUUGUAUUUUAACUCGCUCGCGAGCUACCAUCAGAAGUUUACGGAUACGUUUUCGUUGAUCCAAAGCGAGUUCAGGGAGCCAGCAAUAUUUCAAUCAAAUUACAAACGCGCGAGCCAAGCGGGCGUACAGGCGACCUCCCGAAGAGGCGUAAUAUUUUUCCAAUUGGUCCAAUUAACUGCCAUUGCCUGUUGGGACAUCGGGAAACCAUUUACUCCGGAGAACGUCGUGAUAAUAGCACAAGACGAGGAGACUCUGCAGUACGUGAGCGGCAUUAAGGUGAUCGCGAAUAGAGCCGGCGAGGAAGAAUUGUGGUUCAAUACCAACAGACUUCAGAAGACGAUAAACAUGAGCCUCAAGCCGACGGAGACAAACUUCCGAAUAAUUAGAGGGAAGGUCGACGAUAUCAUUCGGGGUACAAAUUGCGAGCCGCAUGGCGCGAGACCGGAAGCACCAGAUACCGUCUUCUGGCGUCAAAUAUAACUUGCCGAGAUACUUCUUGUACCUUUCAUUACCUCACUUAAAACGCUUUCAAAGUGUUCCUGUAUGUACAUUUCACCUUGCCAUUUAAAUUUAAUUUAACAAAGACUUUUUCAUAAAUAAACCAGCGCGUAAUGGCGCGCCUUUACAAAAUUCCAUCGUGCUCUUCCUUCCGCGUCGGCUUUCGCGUCCAGAGAUGGAUUCGUAGCUAAAAGCGACGGAUCGUUCGCGUAUCCGCGCACAGCCGAAUAGAAGGACGGAGUGGCAGCGGGCCCUGCGAAUGACAGCUGGAGCGUGUAGCAAUUUAGUUAACCGUUUCAUUGCUGCCUUUUGAGAUGUAACGAUGAGGUCUGUCGGUGACACGAGCGCCGCCGCGAGCCCCGAAUGUUUCGACAGGGUGGCUUGACGCCGUCAGUAACGGGGGGGGGGGGGCUGUCGAGUUCAUAGCAGAGGAGGAGGAGCAGGCGCGGGAGGAAGAGGAGGAGGAGGAGGAGGAGGAGGAGGAGGAGGAAAGGGGGGGAGAAAACGACGCGACGAAUUUCUUGUCGACGAAAGUUUUACCGGGCUUUUAGGUGUGCCGCCGCCGAUUCCGCCGUUGGUGCCGGAUUCGGAAUAAAUGCGCAUUCACGGGGAAUUGUUCGCGUUGCCUAGCCCUCCGGGAUACCAAUAGGGCGCGCGCAAUUCCGGGAAAUUCGUGUCACCUACUUCUCUUUCUACGGCGCGGUUCGGCGUGUGACUAAUGGCGGCAUAUUCAUGGCGCACCCUCCGCGACACCACCUCCGAUCCUCCCUCUUACGAUGCUCUGGCAGUUAACCUCAGACAACCCCUUCGUCGCGAUAAUAUACGACGGCCCUUAAAUUUUCGUUCCCCUCCGGCAUGCUUGUUCGGCCUAUCUCACCUCGUGGAGCAAGAGCACACUCUUCUUUCCGGAAUAUCCUCGGUCAAGCCUACGAUUAUUAUUGCCAGGGAGAAUCGAUAUUCUUUCUUUCUUUCCCCUCGGAACGUCCUAUUACGUCCGAUACGUAACGUAAUGGGAGUGUUGUGAAAAAUUGUUAAUCGUUGAUGAGAUGUGAACGUGAGAUAUUGUGUUCUUGAGCUACGUCCGCGCGCGAGAGUACGUGUCUUCCUCCUCUUGAACGUAUCGGCCCGUGUUUAUCUUCACACCUCGUAUGAAUACUAAUCGGUUACGGUUAUGCUAAAAUAGCGUAUGCCGGUAUGCGGAGCGCUCGUACGAUAAAGCACACUUUCCGCGGCGUAAUCGAGAGGCAUGCCACCGCGAUCGCGAUCGUUACCUUAAGGGCAGAAAUUACUUAAGGAGCGGUUACGGAGAGUACGCCACUAAAAAGUAAAGUCUCGCUGCGGCGCGUCCGCGUGUCCGCGACGGCGGUUGACGCGGAGAGGGGGCGUCUCAAAUCGUUUUACGAGGAUAGUUUUAAAACGACUUUACGAGGGUGGCUUGGAAUUUUGAAAUAAAUUUGCAUCAGUUUUAGUACCCCUGAUAUACAUAACUACCGGUGUUUGGCACUGAUACUUGCGCGUAUACGGGCCUGAACGGCCCAGACCUCGGCGCUCGAUAUACAUCGUGAAAUACGUCUAUCCUCUCGAAAAAAAAAAGACACGCGUAUAUGCUCUAGGUACUAUUUCUUUUUUUUUUUAUUACGCCCAGAACGACAGCCGCGCGACACGCGUUCACGCGAUAGCUCGUCGAUUCCCAAA